UUACUGAUCGUAGAAUUCAAUAGGUUAUAACCUAAUUCCCACUCUCAGUAAGGACAAAUACUUCCUCUCCCUUACAGCUUCUGAUCUCUGAGAUAAAAUUAUAAUUGUCUCACAAUGUUCUAAGGAUUACAUCUAAAGUAUGUCAAAUGCCUCUCCAGUUGUCUCCACCUGGACAUUAGUAGCCUGUUGAUGGACAUCAAGAAAGAAGCGACAAGGAGGUGGUUUAUGAAGCACUAAGUCUAAUAGUCUGGAAAUGUGGGUCCAUGCCCUUGCUCGACUCCUUGUCCUUACGGCUUUCUGGCCCCACACCCCAAGCUGAAGCUGCAAAAAUUGUGACCGAUCACCCAGUAGACAUGAUGAACAUCAAGGCCUUCACCUUGGUCUCUGCCGUGGAACGGGAGCUGCUGAUGGGUGACAAAGAGCACAUCAGCAUCGAAUGUGUGGAGUGCUGUGGCAGGAAUCUCUAUGUUGGCACCAAUGACUGCUUCAUUUACCACUUCUUGCUGGAGGAAAAGACCAUGCCUACAGGGACAGCUACGUUCAUUGCCACCAAACAGCUGCACAGACACCUGGGCUUCAAGAAGCCUGUAAACGAGCUGUGUGCGGCCUCAGCUCUUAAUAGGCUGCUGGUGCUCUGUGACAACUCCAUCACCCUGGUUAACAUGCUGAACCUGGAGCCAGUCCCCUCCGGAGCCCGCAUCAAAGGGGCUACAACAUUUGCAGUGAACGAGAACCCUGUGAAUGGGGACCCUUUCUGCGUGGAAGUGUGCAUCAUCUCGGUGAAGCGCAGGACCGUCCAAAUGUUUCUGGUGUAUGAGGACCGAGUACAGAUUGUCAAGGAAGUGUCCACCCCAGAGCAGCCUCUUGCUGUGGCUGUGGAUGGCUACUUCCUGUGCCUGGCCCUGACUACCCAGUACAUCAUCCUCAACUACAGCACAGGCCUUUCCCAGGACCUGUUUCCCUACUGCAGCGAGGAGAAGCCACCCAUUGUCAAAAGAAUAGGCAGACAGGAGUUCCUGCUGGCUGGCCCAGGAGGCUUGGGCAUGUUUGCCACUGUGGCCGGGAUUUCUCAGCGUGCUCCUGUGCACUGGUCAGAGAAUGUGAUUGGAGCAGCUGUUUGCUUCCCGUACGUCAUAGCGCUCGAUGACGAAUUCAUCACAGUCCACAGCAUGCUGGAUCAGCAACAGAAACAGACCCUGCCCUUUAAGGAAGGUCACAUCCUACAGGACUUUGAAGGAAGAGUGAUUGUUGCCACAAGUAAAGGAGUUUACAUCUUGGUUCCAUUACCUCUGGAAAAACAAAUACAGGAUCUGUUAGCAAACCGGAGAGUGGAGGAGGCUUUGGUCUUGGCAAAAGGAGCCCGGAGGAACAUUCCAAAAGAGAAAUUUCAGGUAAUGUACAGGAGGAUUCUGCAGCAGGCAGGCUUUAUACAGUUUGCACAACUCCAGUUCCUGGAAGCCAAGGAGCUCUUCAGAAGCAGCCAGCUGGAUGUCCGGGAGCUGAUCUCUCUCUACCCCUUCCUGUUGCCCACCUCCUCUUCCUUCACCCGGUCUCACCCUCCUCUUCAUGAGUAUGCAGACCUCAACCAACUGACACAAGGUGACCAGGAGAAGAUGGCCAAGUGCAAGCGCUUCCUCAUGAGCUACCUGAAUGAAGUCCGCUGCACAGAGGUAGCAAAUGGCUACAAGGAAGACAUUGACACGGCCUUGCUCAAGCUGUAUGCAGAGGCUGACCAUGACAGCCUCCUUGACCUCCUGGUCACUGAGAACUUCUGCGUGUUGACGGACAGUGCUGCCUGGCUAGAGAAGCACAGAAAGUAUUUUGCACUAGGACUGCUUUAUCAUUACAAUAAACAGGAUGCCUCUGCAGUCCAGCUGUGGGUGAGCAUUGCCAAUGGGGACAUCCAGGACCCCACGCGCUCAGACCUGUACGAGUACAUCGUUGACUUUCUUACCCACUGCCUAGACCAAGAGCUGGUGUGGACGCAUGCUGACUGGCUCUUGCAGAACAGUGAGGAGAUUGGAGUUCAAGUUUUCACCAAGAGACCUCUGGAUGAGCAGCAGCAGACUACCUUUAAUCCAGAUGACAUUAUUAGUUGCCUUAAAAAAUAUCCGAAAGCCCUGGUUAAGUAUCUGGAGCAUCUUGUUAUCGACAGAAGACUGCAGAAAGAAGAGUACCACACCCACCUGGCCAUCCUCUACCUGGAAGAAGUGCUGCGGCAGAGGGUACCCACCGGAGGCAAGGACACAGAAGCCACUGAGACUCAGGCCAAACUCCGGAGGCUGCUCCAGAAGUCUGACCUGUACCGAGUCCACUUGUUGAAAGAGAAGAUCCAGGGCGCUGGCCUGCCCAUGGAGAGCGCCAUCCUCCACGGGAAGCUGGGCGAGCACGAGAAGGCCCUGCACAUCCUAGUGCAUGAGAUGGGGGACUUCUCCGCAGCUGAGGACUACUGCCUGUGGUGCUCCGAGGGUCAGGAUGCAGCCUGCCGUCAGCAGCUUUUCCACACGCUGCUCGCCAUGUACCUCCGUGCAGGGCCCUCUGCCCAUGAGCUGACGGUGGCUGCUGUGGACUUGCUGAACCGUCACGCCCGAGAAUUUGAUGCCACCCAGGUCCUACAGCUACUGCCUGACACCUGGUCGGUGCAGCUUCUCUGCCCAUUCCUUACAGGGGCCAUGAGGGACAGCAUUCAUGCCAGGAGGACCACACAGGUGGCUCUCGGCCUGGCCAAAUCAGAAAACCUGAUUUACAUGUACGAUAAGAUGAAGCUGAAGGGAAGUGCAGUCCGGCUCUCAGAAAAACAGCUUUGCCAGCUCUGCCAGAACCCUUUUGGUGAGCCUGUGUUUGUCAGGUACCCCAAUGGAGGGCUCGUGCACACUCACUGUGCAGCCAGCAGACACACGACCCCCAGCUCACCCAGCCCUGGCACUCGGACUUGAAAAGCAUGGUUCCAGGCUGCAAAGGGGAUUCUGAGUUCUUUUCCAAGCUUGCUCUGUGCCAGCCAGAACAAAGGGAAGGUGUCUGGGUGCCAGGGAAAGGCCAUCCCUGGGAAGCCAGGCACCUCGCUGCUGACUGUUCUCUGCGUGAAUGUAAAUGGAAGAGACCUGAAACCCCGAGGAUAGUGACAGGCCUGAGUCCACCUGUCCAGGAGGUUACAGUCAUCCAAAGCACAAGCCAGCGCUGAACAGCAGGCAGUGCAGCCUGGGUGAUCCAGACAGGCGGGACCUGGAGAUGAAGUCCACUUGGCUCAGGCAAGUGUCCAGAGUGUAGAGGCCUGAGCUGGGCACCUUGCCUUUUGCGGAGGUGUGCUCUUCACAUAGGCUCCGCAUCCGCCCUAAAGUGGAUAUGGUGUCUGUUCUUCCCUUCCAGCUGCCAACCUCUGAAACCCUCUGCUUUGUUUACUGAAGCACUCACUCAGUGUAAAGUCCUAUGCUUUUGGCUGCCUAGCUCAUGGAGACCUAUUUAGAAACAGAUAAAGCUUGAAGCAGGCAGGAAUGAUUCAGUGGGCAAAGGCACUUGCCACCAAGCCUGAUGACCUGAAUGCAAUUCACAGAACCUACAUGUGGAAGGAGAGAACAAACUGCUACAGGUUGUACACACACACACACACACACACACACACACACACACACAUGCACGCAUGUGCACGCAUACACACACAGACACGUAGGGGGAAGAAGAGAAAUAGAGGUCUAAGUAGGAAGCUGCUUCAGCUGUCCUGAAGACUGCAACAGAAAGGAGGCGCAGGUUUGUGAGGGCCCAGAAGCAGGUUCCUGUUCGUCUACUUGCUGACUGGUAACACCUUGAUGGACACACAUAACUAAAUAUUUUAAUUUGAAUUCAUAUCAUCUUUGUAGUUUUCUCUCAUUUAGAAUUUUGUCAUUCAUUACAGAUAUCUCUUUUCUCAUAAAUAUGUACCUCCUACUGAAUACUUGGAAAAUUCAAAGGGAAUCGUGACAAGUAAGCUAAUGAGCCUUCCAGGAGAGGUUGACAUUGGCCUCGGCCCUGUUGCCGGCAGCCAGCAGAGCUGCUCUCCCCUCUGGUUCCUCAGCAUCUUAGGAGGCCAGGCCGCCUUAUCUGCCAGCACUUCCCAUGCCUGCCCUGAGCUUUCCUGAACCCUCCAAGGAAAGGUCACAUCUGUGACCAACUGGACUUGGCGUUUCUGUGUCUGUGACAAGCGGCAGCUCUUGCCAUUUCACUGCCCUCUUUCAGGUCACUCAGCCGUCCUCAGGGUGCUGGUUCUGAGACUCGGGAGGACAGCACAGCUUCCUGUGUCUGCCAUGCCCUCCCUCACUGUCCGUUCUUUACAGAUGAUUUCUGUACUUAACAAUGAUAGGUGUAUUUCUUUUCCUUUUGGGAUUCUGAGUAAGCUAAGGAGUAAA